GUGACUUGGGUCCUUUAAAGCCAGGGCAGCAGGCUUGACAGGUGUAUCGGAAGUAAAGACGGUGCAUAGAUAAAGCUGGUUUACCUGCGCCAGGUGAGCGACGUCAAAAUUCUGGAACUGAGCUCCUCGAAGCCUCGCAAGACAAAGUCCACUUUUGGUAAAAAUGAACAGUCCGAUUCCAUCCAACCUAAAAUCUGAAGCUAAGAAGGCUGCUAAAAUCCUCCGGGAAUUCACUGAGAUUUCCAACAGACAAGGCCCUGACAAACUUAUUCCAGCCCAUGUGAUUGCCAAAGCACAUGGACUGGCAAUCUUAUCCGUCAUCAAAGCAGGAUUUCUGAUCACUGCUCGAGGGGGAAGUGGGAUAGUGAUUGCUCGUCUUCCUGAUGGAAGAUGGUCAGCUCCCACAGCCAUUGGCAUUGCUGGUCUUGGUGGAGGCUUUGAGAUUGGGCUGGAGGCUUCUGACUUUGUCAUCAUCUUGAAUCAGCAACGAGCUGUGGAAGCUUUUAGCAAAGGGGGAAACCUCACAUUUGGAGGGAAUUUCACUGUGGCUGUUGGUCCUCUUGGCAGGAAUUUGGAGGCGGACGUGGCUUUCCGCAGCAUGGCAGCUAUCUUCUCCUACUGCAAGUCACGUGGCCUCUAUGCUGGAGUUUCCCUUGUUGGGUCCUACCUGAUGGAACGUAAAGAGACUAACAGAAAGUUCUAUUCCCAAGACAUUCGUGCAUCUGCCAUUCUCAAUGGCGAUGUGGAUCCACCUCCAGAAGCCUCUGACCUGUAUGCUAUUUUGCAAGACUACACUGAACAAUACUGCAGUGGUUGGCAGAGCAAUUAUAUGAAUCCUAAUAGGAAGAGUCUAGCCCCAUGUAGACCAGCGCCCCUAACCCAGAGAUCAGCUUCUUCCUUCACUCCAAAGGCUGAAGAAAAGAAGCCAGGGCUCUAUCCCAGUUUGUCCCGCAGCUGGGGAUCUCAAAACUCAGACGAAGCAUCAGGUGGCGCUCCUGUAGUCACGGCCCUGCAUGCAUUCACUGGGCAACAGCCCGGUGAUCUGAGCUUUGCUGUUGGUGAUCGCAUCACCGUCGUCACAAAGACCGACUCGCAGUACGACUGGUGGGAGGGAGAGCUGAGAGGACAGGUGGGCAUUUUUCCUGCCAACUUCGUCUCCCUUAACUGAGCACGUAAAGGGCUUUGGGAUUUAAGGAUCCCUGUAUGCCAGACUCCAACAUAAAGGAUUUCCUUUCUUUUAUUCAUUUUUUUUUUAAUUUAUAAGCCAGCAUUGUUAGUCUUACUGUACUUAUUUGUUACUGUUUAAAGAAUUAAGUGGGUCAUAUUUUUGGGUUGGUUAUUAUAUCCAUAUAGAUUACGGGUUCAUGGUUGGUUUGUAUUGAUUGACGGGUUUUCUUUAAAUAUAUUUAGCAGUGCGCUUACACAAUCAGACUAAAGCUAACAUAAAGACCUUAAGUUACCUGUUGUCAUGCUUGCUGCUAGUGUUUUUAGAAGGAGUGUUAAGUGAUGUUCUACUGCCAGUAGCUUCUUCCCACUUUAUGCACCUUUUACUUUACUUUAAUUCUACUUUAAAUGACAUGUUAUGCAUUUAUUCACAUCAUUUAUUCACAUCACAAUACUAUAGAUUGCAUGUUUUUUUUUUUGUUUUUUUUUCUUUUCACAUGAGCUACUGGUAGACAUGAACAGAACACAAAAUGUACAACAAUGUAAUUGUUUUAUGUUUUCAAGAUGUACUUGAAAAUAGUAUGUGGGGAGUUUUUUCGCAUUAGCUUUGCCACAUGUGCCUUUAUGAAUAAAGAUCAGAUUACAUUGGGACAAUGGAUGGAUGUUAUUGCAUAACUAAUCAAAUGCAAAUUGUUCUACUGUUUUUACUACUGAGGAUACUGAUAUUUUUGUACAGUUGGUUCUAAUAAAUAAGAGUCAUUGUGAUCAUUUGGUAAUUGCUGUGUAUUGUGAAUUGUUUUCCACUCCCUCUUUUUGAUUUUUAUAAUAUAAUUUAAACAGGUUUUGUACUUUUAUUGAAUAUCGGUGUGGUUAAGCUUCUACAUGAAGGCAAUCCAUCAUUCUAGUGCAUUUCAAAUUACUGGCAAGAUUCAGUUGCAGACAGUUUUCAAUAUUCACUCUUGUGAAUCGUUUCUGUAGUGGCUCACUCACUCAACUUGGGAGGGCAUAGUGAUUAGCAUGUUUGCCUCUCACCUUCAGGGUUGGGGGUUCGAUUUCCACCUCUGCCCUGUGUACGAGGAGUUUACAUGUUCUCCCCAUGCUUCAGGGGUUUCCUCCAGGUACUCCAGUUUCCUCCCCCAGCCCAAAGACAUGCGUUGUAGGCUGAUUUGGCAUUUCCAAAUUGUCCGCAGUGUGUGAGUUGGGUGUGUGAGUGUGCGUGAGAUUGUGCCCUGCCAUGGGUUGGCACCCUGUACAGGGUAUCCCAAGUCCCCUGGGAUAGGCUUCAGGCUCCCUGGUGAUCCUGUGCAAGAUAAGCGGUACAGAAAAUGGUUGGAUGGAUAAAUCUGAUUGAAAAGAAUUUAAAAAGUCAGUAUUGGGAUGUCAUAAAUGCAAAAUUGAUUUCCAGUAGCUUGAGGAGAUAAAUAUAGUUAAUUCAGCUGAAUGAAGUUAUCAUUAAGGCUGUCUGCUCCUGUACGGUGUACAAAGAUGGGUUAUAAAAGUGUAUACUGUAUUAUUUUGUGUAUAGUGAACACAAGCACGCAAAAAAUAGGAUAAAAUUCUUUGUGAAUAUCAGUAUAAUAUGGUAUAUGUAUACUGUAGUGGUUAUUACACUGGAAAAUAAUUUCCCCCACCUAUUUGCUGUUAGCUGGUUUCCUUCCUGAACCAGCUUGUGAUAAUAGAAAAGAAAAACUUGAAAAAUUAUGCUGACAAAUUUCAGUUGGAAAGUGAGAUAAAGAAUGUGGACACUCUUUGAUUGAAGAAUAUAGUACACUUGUAUAAGCUCCGAUGCGUCCCCAGUCCUGGGUAAGGAGGGAAUUUAUUGAGAGAAGGGGCCAAGGGUAAAACUGAAGGAGCUGUAGAGAGCCACAGCUAAAAUGGGAGACGUAGUGUCUACAAAGCUGGCCUUCAUGGACAAGUGGACUGCUAUAUGAAAUCCCAUUUGGAGUUGGUGGAAAGCCAACACUGCUCAACACCCUGAGUACACCAUCCCCCACAGUGAAGCAUGUCUCUGACUAAUGCCCUCUUAACCUGGUCACUGCCUAAAGGAGGUCAUCCAUCAAAAGUCAGAGUUAUGGUUGUGCCAUUAACUUUGCAUUCACUUUGAUGUUCAAAUCUUUGGGUUUUUACAUGACCAAACACUGAUUGAUACUUUUCCUGAACUUUAUCCU